UAAAUGCACAGCAAGCUGGAUACGAUGCCGCAAUCGUUCACAACAUUUAUUCAGAAAUUCUGCUCAAUAUGAACUACAGCAAUGAAACUAUUGCAGAACAGAUUAAUAUUCCCUCUGUAUUCGCCAGCUACUAUGCCUCGCACUUUCUUAGGAAUUACAUAAUUCCGGAACAGGGGGCGUAUGUGAUUCUCAAGCCAGACUUUCCUUUUCCGCUUUCCUACUACCUUAUUCCCUUCACCGGAGUAGUGUGCCUGAUCAUUCUUGUGAUGUCUGUUGUUUUCGUAAGUAUAUGCAUGAAUUGAUCUUUUCUGGGUUGUUUAUACAAUAACACAUGAUGAAAGUGGACCAGAGGUAGUAGAGGCUUUUUGUGUUAUAAAAGAGUGACCUAACUGUAGCUCAACAUAUCUCUGUGUGUUUAUUCUAAUCCAGCUUCUUAGUAUCUAAUGAUAGUUGUCAAACAUGAACACAAAGAACAAACCCAGUGAUGUCUAUUAGGCAGCUUUUAUUAAACUUACAGAAAUGAAUCUGGUUAUUUUCCACUUGCGUAAUGUCACCUUCACUUUAUCGG